CGAAUAUGUGGUCUUUUUUUAUCUGUUUCAGUCGCAAAUCAAAUGGUUGAGAGCAGAUAGAAAUGAAAUAAAAACGAAGAGGAGGAGUAAAUACAUAUUAGACAACCAAGGAAAUCUGAAGAUUGCCAACUUAACACUAACAGACGAAGGACCCUACAAAUGUUCGAAAGGAAAUGACGUAUUCAAUGAUAUAGACUUAGUUAUACAAUAUUUACCAGUUAUUACUAAUAUAACGGAAAGUUUUGAAAUCGAAGAAAAUGACACCGCUGUUAUGACUUGCCUGUCCGAUGGUUAUCCCAUACCUCGUAUAACGUGGCAAAUAUCGGAAGAAAAUCCAGAUGAACCAAAUGUGUUCGUUUGGUCAUGGUUAGGGAAUGGUAGUACCAUAAAUGUGACGAUGCCGUGUAGCCAUUGCAAUGUCAAUGUCAAAUGCACAGCAGAGAAUUCCUUAGGAAGAGAAUCGAAGAGCCUGAAAGUCGCAAUUAUAGGAAAACCAAAAGUGUCAGUUGCCAACAAAGUAAUCAACCACAAACUGGGCGAUUCUAUGACACUGCGUUGUAAGAUUAAUUCACUUCCACUGACCUUUAUGAAUUGGAGAAAGAACGGCAUUGAAGUGUCUAAAAUACCAGCUAUAAAGAAAAGAAUGGAAAUAGAUUUUGAUUUUCAAAGCAAUAGCAAUUAUACUUUCAUCCUAAUAAUUAAAAAUCUUAAAAAGAAAGACUUUGGAACAUAUGAAUGUAUAGCAAACAACAAAUAUGGUAACAGCACAGAAGAAGUUACGUUAAAACGCGAGAAAGGACGACGUAAAAACCCCGUCCCUUCACCUCCAGGAUCCAGACACAGGACAACACUAUCCACUAACGGAUAUCCUAAUCGAAAAGAUGAAACCACGGAACGUGUACGUACAGUGUCACCGGAUAUAACAACGCUCCCUACCGGAUUAAAGUGUAAGUGUGGGGUGAGAAUACAUUAGUAUAUUGUCUACUGU